AUGCGGAAAGACACUUCUGAACGGCGAGGGCGACAGGCUCAUAGGAAAUCUCGAGGUGGAUGUAUCGAGUGCAAAAGGCGUCACAUCAAGUGUGGGGAAGAGAAGCCUCAAUGUCGAUCUUGUGUUAUUCGUGACCUCCCAUGUCUGUACCAACAUCAUCGCUGUUCCUCUCUGAGGGGGGAGUCUUCGAGAAAAGCCCCCAAGCUUGAGAGUGAUCAUGAAAGUUGCUUCAGCGCGUUGUCUGAAUGCAAUAGAAGUCUCUCAGUUCCAACUUCUCUUGACUCCCUUGCGGUGACAAUAGACAUGUUCACUUUACACGAGCUCGAUAUUCUACACCAUUGGACUACAAUCACAAGCCAAAUCAUGUGUACCCAACUUGCUCCAAAUCAAGGAUGGGAUAUAACAAUACCACAGCUGGGAUUUCAGUACCCGUUUGUUUUAUAUGGAGCACUCAGUGUGGCAAGUCUCCAGCGUGCCCUCUCAGAUCCUGAGGACAUCCAAGGCCAUAUAGCGGCUGCCACAGACUACCACGCCAACGCAGUACAAAGGUUUUUAGCCACACAGGCAAUGACCUCUCAACACAACGAUAGGACUCUCGAUGCAAUGUUUGCCUUUUCUAUCAUCGACACCAUAUAUGUUUUUGCUACAUACGGCACCCUCUCUCGCCAAUCCGAGCCUACUUCUCGUCCCUCUCAUAUUCUCGAACUUGACUGGAUCCGCGAUAUUCGAAGUGUGAGAGCCCUUCUCAAGCCAUUUAAUGACAAAAUACGAGAGGGAUGCCUGAGUGAAUUUGAAAACCUCGAGGCUUACGAGGAUUGUAAUGUUGGUCAUGGGUCAGUUAGUGGAGAUGACGAACUACUGGGUCUACAUGUGUCAUACGAGGGAUGCAGUUCUGCGGAUAUUGAGCUUUAUAACUCAACUAUCAAGCUCCUCAGAAGUUGUCGUCCGUAUAUGACCUCUCUAGGGGAUGUUAGUACAGACGACGCAAGACUCACCAGACUGAAUCCGCAUUGGAUCACCCCAUUGAUCUUCCUGCAAGAAGUAUCAGAAGAGUAUGUUGACAAGUUAUGUCAGCGGCAGCCACCAGCUCUGUUGAUCCUGUCCUUCUUUGGUGCGAUGCUAUCUGCAUACGAUACUAUUUGGUUCAUGGAAGGGUGGGCAUUAGAGAUAGUAUCGGCCGUCGACUAUGCUUUGGGCGAUUAUUGGGCACCUUAUACUGCAUGGUGCCGCGAGCAGGUUGCUAUGAACUUUGUCAGAUGGGAAAGUGCCAGUGAAAUGGAGACGCCCAUCUCAUGA